AUGCACCACCGCCGCGCCGGCUACCCCUUCGGCACCCUAGUAGACUUCGCGACCGACGGCGCCGGCAUGCCGAUCUUCUGCCUCAGCCCGCUGGCCAUCCACGCGCGCAACCUGAUAGAGGACAGCCGCUGCAGCCUGGUGGUGCAGAUGCCCGGCUGGACGGGGCUGGCCAACGCGCGGGUGACGAUAUUCGGGGACACGUACCGCCUCCCGCCGGAGAUGCAGGCGGAGGCGCGGGAGAUAUUUCUGGCAAAGCAGGCGAACGAGCGCAAGGACAGAUGGGUCCUCGGGUCAUUCCUUUUCUUCAGGAUGCACCGCAUCACAGACAUCUACUUCGUGGGGGGCUUUGGGACAGUGCAGUGGAUCGACGUCGCGGAGUACCUCUCAGCAACACCUGACGCGAUCGCGACAAACCAGCCCAAGCGGACGCUCACCGAGCUCAACGAGGCUUUCUCGAGUGAUCUGGCCCGCCUGAUCGACCCGGACGCCCCCGCUGACGAGGCGCUCCUCAUAUCAAUCGACGCCCUGGGCGCCGACGUGCGCGUGCGCCACGGGGGCGACUUCAACGUCGAGCGGCUCGGGUUCGGGCGGCGCGUGGAGACGCCUGAGGAGGCGCGGGCCGCGGUGCAGGAGGCGCUGGCGCAGGCGCACGCGCGGAGGUGA